UUCUCAACUUUGCCUCCGUCAUUGCAUCUGGCCUUAUGCUAUGGAAAGGUCUCGGCCUUAUUCUGAACACAGAAUCUCCAAUUGUCGUUGUCCUCAGGUGUGUACGAUCCUCGCUCAGUCAGGCAUUCAACUUGAAACCUCCAUUUCUCCCCACCCUAAACUGGGUCCUGUGUAUUCAUUUAUCCUAUAUCUACAGUGGCUCAAUGGAACUAGCGUUUUACCGUGGCGACCUUCUUUUCCUUACCAACCCUCCAGGCCAACGCUACCAUACAGGCGAUAUCACAGUAUACAGGAUCCCUGGCGCCGAAAUACCCAUCGUGCACCGCGUCCUGGAGACCCGGGAUGUCUUCAUCCCAUUUGACAAUUAUACGGAGAACCGCAUCAUCAACAACAGACUAGCAAAGCUCAAACUCCCACCGGGGGAACAUCAACUGAUGCUCACGAAAGGCGACAACAAUCAUGUUGACGACAUUGACCUUUACCAAGGCCUUGAAUGGCUCGACCGAAGACAUAUCAUUGGCAAAGUUCGCGGGUUUCUUCCGUACAUCGGCUACGUGACGAUUGCUAUGAAUGAUUUCCCGCAACUUAAAUAUGCACUUCUCGGAGGCCUUGGGCUACUAGCUGUCAUACAACAGGAGUAGAUUGUUUGACAAAUUUGCAUAACCAUGCAUAUGUGCAUUAAUUGGCAGUGCAGUUGAACCACGCGCAUUUUCCCAUCUGCCCACCAUAACAUUCGUCCCCGCCGCAAUCCCGGUUCGAUACAACCAUUCCCUUGUGUUUCAAGCUACUAGCCCGCAACUGUAUCUUUCGCGGACUACAACAUGGCAACCACAAGCCCAGAGUGGCAAGCAGUUGAUUAUCCGUUCGUGCCAGAGAUACUCGGAUUCAACACAAAGCCCUCGUUACCUUGCUGAGAAGCGGUCAGCAUACGCAAUCCCACUUGUAAAGUCAAAGCGCGGACUUAUCAUAGCUGGCUCAAU